CAUUUGCCACCACAGCCUCCUCAUCUGCCUCACCGUCCUUGAGUUGCUGUUGGAGUGACAGGCCAUCACGGCUAGAGUAGAAGGAUGUUGCUCCUCCCUUUUGCAGCUACCGUGGGGUCAGGGAUUGGGGAGCUUUCACAGGAAACGGGGGGCACCUCGGGCUAACCAUCGCCGAAUAGGAGUCGUAGAAGCUCUGACAGGAGCUCUAGGUGCUGAUGGCGCUCCAACACCUCAUGUGCUUAGUCGUGUCUUGGAUAUUUGUUGAGAGAAAAAUGAUUGAGAGAGAUGGGGAGAGAGGAGGGGAGGAAAAUAGACCACUCGAGUUAAAUUUGACGAGGGAUUAGAUUUACACUCGAUUUAAGUUGUGAGACGUCGUAAAUGUGAUACUCAAACUCGAUUCAUCGAACUUUUUUUUCCAGAAAAAUAUACCUACACACAAAAAAUUCGCUCAUUUUAUCGGAAGAAGAAAAGAGAGAGAGAGAGAGAAACAGCGCGAGACGCGGAUGGAAUGGCAAGGGAGGAAACUGGUGGGGUGGGAGUCGCCACGACACGCGGCGACGCACGGCUGUGGUGGCCGGUGACGGUGAGCUGAUCGACUGCCCCUCCCUUCCCCUUCCCCCUCCCCCUCCGUCGCAUCGCAGCUGCAGCUAGCUACACGAGGAGACCUGCUGCUCUGCUCAAUUUCAACUUGAAUUCUGCUUCCGACGACGAGACGAGACGCAAUCCUCGCUGCCUCCGCCGGAUGUCGGUGGACCCCGAUGCUUCCCCCCUCCGCCGGCACUCCGCUGCCGCCGCCCUCCCUCGCCGCCGCUAGCACCUCUUCCUGCUUCCUCCCCUCCCUCCUCCCUAUCCGCCGCCGCCGAUGGCCCACCCCCAAAGCCACCGCCACCGCCGCCUUUCCGCCCAGGCGCCCGGCCCCCCUCUCCGCCAACAACCUCCCGCUCCACACCCCCGGCGUCUCGGAGACCACCUCCACCUCCACCUCCUCCACCACCUUCGCUUCCGGAACCUUCCGCGGCGCCGGGGGAGAGGACCCCCUCGUCUCCAAGCUCCGGACCCAGCUGGGCGUCAUCCACCCGCUCCCGGCGCCGCCCGUCAACCGCUCCGUCCUCGGCCUUUUCGCCCUCUUCUUCUUCGUCGGCGCCGCCUUCGACAAGCUCUGGACCCUGCGCAAGCGCCGCCGCGCCGAGCGCGAGGUCAAGGUCAACGGCACGUGGCCGCAGGUGCCCACCUCCAGCUUCUCCCUCUUCCUCGAGGAGAAGGACCUGCAGCGCAAGGAGUCCGUCGAGUGGGUCAACAUGGUGCUCGGCAAGCUCUGGAAGGUCUACCGCCCUGGCAUCGAGAACUGGAUCGUCGGCUUGCUCCAGCCCGUCAUCGACAACCUCCACAAGCCCGAUUACGUCAACCGCGUCGAGAUCAGGCAGUUCUACCUCGGCGAGGAGCCCCUCUCCGUUAGGAACGUCGAGCGCCGCACCUCACGCCGGGCCAACGACCUCCAGUACCAAAUUGGCCUCCGUUAUACUGGUGGUGCACGCAUGGCAUUGGCCCUCUCCUUAAAGUUUAGUGCCGUACCUGUCGUUGUGCCAGUCUGGGUUCGAGAUUUCGAUAUCGAUGGGGAAUUGUGGGUUAAACUAAGGCUUAUACCGACAGAACCUUGGGUGGGAGCUGUAUCUUGGGCAUUUGUAUCGCUCCCAAAGAUUAAAUUUGAGCUGUCUCUGUUCCGGCUUUUCAAUCUUAUGGCAAUUCCUGUUCUGUCAAUGUUUCUCACGAAACUUCUAACAGAAGAUUUGCCACGUCUCUUUGUGCGGCCCAAGAAGAUUGUCCUUGAUUUUCAGCAGGGAAGAUCUAUGGGACCUGUUGCAGGAGAUGUUGCAAGUGACGUAAUCCAAAAUGUUGCAAGUGGCAUACUUCAAGAUGUUGCAAGUGAUGUAAUUCAAGAUGGGAAUAAGGACUUCGUUGGAGAACUAUCAGUGACAUUAGUUGAUGCCAGGAAGCUUAGCUUUGUCUUAUUCGGGAAGACUGAUCCAUAUGUUGUCAUGAUUCUUGGUGAUCAAGAAAUAAAGAGCAAGAAGAAUAGUCAAACAACUGUAAUUGGGCAACCAGGCGAACCAAUCUGGAAUCAAGACUUUCAUAUGCUAGUUGCAAACCCUCGCAAACAGAAGUUGUGCAUUCAAGUAAAGGAUUCAGUUGGUCUAACCGAUGUCACUAUUGGCACUGGAGAGGUUGAGUUAGGAUCACUUAAAGACACAGUACCUACAGACAAAAUUGUAACUUUAUAUGGAGGAUGGGGCUUACUUGGGAAACGGUCAAAAGGGGAAGUACUCCUUCGCCUCACAUACAAAGCAUAUGUCGAGGACGAGGAAGAUGAAGGGGUAAAAAAUGAGUUUGCUGCGGGCUAUGUUUCAGACGAGGAUGUGCUAGAUUAUGUCCAAGACAGUACAAGUAAGCAAAGUGACAUGGAUGGUAAAGAGAGAGAGACCUUCAUGGAUCUGCUGGCCGCGCUGCUUGUCAGCGAGGAAUUUCAAGGCAUUGUGUCGUCGUCUGAACCCGGAAGCUUGAGAGAUAGUGAGCAGGCUGCUAAAUCCAGAGAUGGUGAAAAUGCUGCAGCAGCUGCUGAUACAGGGACUGUAUCCAAUAGCUCCACAGAUACUGCUCUAGUGUGGCUUGCUGCCAUAACAAGUGUGAUGGUGCUGGUCUCAUCCAACCUUGGUGGUUCAGGCUAUUUCAACCCUUGAAGAGUUGAUGCAUGAAGAAUCUGAUCUGACUGGAGUAUUUGGACGAUCCAUCUGUCUGAAUCUGAUCAUCCGCAGCUAGUAGCAGAGGUCGUUUUGUUUUGAUUUUUUUUAACUUUAUUUUUGCCGACAAGUGUAUAUUCCAUUCCCAUGUAUCUAAUGUUGCAGAGGAAUCAAAGAAUGGCUUGGCUUUUGGCGGCUGUCUCUCCUCCCUUUUUCUAUUUCAUACGAUUGACAUGAUGUAGCAUAUCCUUUUUGUGCAACCAUCCACGCACAUGAUUUAAUUUGUGUGAAUGGGAAAUUUGGAGUUGCGUUCA